UACAUAACUAUACAUAUUUAAAGAACAAAGUGAUUAGUUUACGCAUUGCGUUUAAAUAUAGCUUAUUAUUUUAUAAAAUGGUGAUUUUAAAUUAUGACCAGUACAGUGAAAUCCAGCUAUUCAUACACAAAUUUAAAGGUUUGUCCAUCGACUGCAAUCGUGAGCUGAUUAAAAAGUUCCCUCAGCAUAAGCCCGAAAUGUUGGGAAGCAUUUUAUCACGGGAAGUCCAGCAACGAUUGAAACAGACCCAUGCCAAAAUCAGUGCACGCGCAGAAGACCUACUAGGAGACUACUAUAGGAAGGUCAAAUCCAGCGGGGACUUGGAUGUCUUGCUGAGAAUGUCCAUAUCACUGAGAAUCCCUCCACUAUCGCUGUGCCGAAUCAUCCUUCUGAAGAAGUACUCUGACAAAACGAGAUCUGAAGUCAGCGAAAUGAUUAAAAACCCGGACAUAAUUUCUGAAUCCUUAUUGGGAGCUAAUGUGAGCUACUGUUUGUUCAACGAAAACAUGGAAGGUCCCAUUACAGACACUAUUCGAAGGUGCAUCGGAGAGGAGUACGAGGUCAAGUUGAAGCAGAUGGCUCGUGACAUGGGAAUGGUUUUCUACGAUGAAGGUGACCUAAGGAGGACUGGCUAUGAUAAAACACCGGAUCUGAAGCUGGCAAUUCCUUGCAUGUACAAGGGACGGGUGGUCAAUUGGAUCGAAAGCAAAGCUUCAUUCGGAGACAUGGACUCGCACCUGAAAUACGUGAGGGACCAGUUAAUAAGCUAUGGGAACAGGUUUGGUAGCGGCAUUGUAAUUUACUGGUUUGGCUACCUAGAUAUGAUAGCAGAUUGUGCGGAAAACGGUGAUUCUGUAACGGUAAUAGACAGAUUUCCGGAGCCAGAAGAGUUUGAGUUUCUCAAAUUUAAUGUUCCUGAGUCCUGUAAUGAAAUGUUGGAUAAAAAUAGCUAGUAUUUGUAUUACUUCGAA